AUGAGGCUGGUAAGAUCCAGCCCCCAUUGGGCGAAAGGUCAUCGGCUUAUGAUUGGUGUCAAUGAUUCAGCAGGAACGUGGGCCCUAUCGAAAUGCCUUCUAAGCCAACGGCCAAGAACCGGAGUGAUUGCUGCAGACGCCUCUAUGGAUCUCUUGGAGGAUGUAGUCCCCCUUUUCUGCAAUGACGUACUUGAGAUCAGUACCAUAUCUUGCGGGCUAAGGCCUUGUCAUUUGGCUGAGUGCCCUUCGUCAGUAAGAGAAGAUAGGGGACGUCUAAGUGUCAGCAUACCAUAUGACACAUACUGGAGAAUCGAUCGUGCUUGGUUAUGUCAAGAUUUCUAUGGAAAUUUGCCACCCAAUUUUAUCGUCUAUGGUCGAAGCCAGUCUUGCCAAAGCGUCGGUGUGACUAUUCUCAACCCUUGGUAUUUGCCGAAUCUCGUAGGAAGAAUUUUUUUUGAAGUUGCUGAUGGUUGCCGAUAG